AAGGAACAACGGCAACCACGGUGCUUGCUUACACUUUCUCCCUCUCGUGCCUUCGAACUGCAGCAGCCGCCCCAACCCUCCCCAUCCCACCAAUGGUCACCCGAUACAGGCCGCGCCCCGGAUAGUGUUGUCAUGAGAUGCACCUCAUACACAAGCCGAGUUCGAGACUACGUCAAAUAAUCGAACGACUGCAAUGCGCGAACUGGGAAGCGUAGGCAGCAUCUGCCUGCGUUGUCAGUUUCGCCUGCUCGUCACACCCCAUGCUCGAGCACGUCGUGGCAUCUCAACUUCUAGCAGCGCCGCCGUCAUCGCCGAAGAUGCGAGAAACGACACUCGAACAAGCGAUGGAGCCUUGGGCGCCGGGCAGUCGGGUGACGGCCCCUCCAUCGCACCGCUCCCGACGCCUCAACACCCCAUGUCGUCCAGCCGCUCCUCCUCAGUCGCUAUGUUCCAAAGCAUUGUACAAAGUCAGGCUCAGGUGACCCCCGGUAUCGGCACCACGCUUGCUGGGGCGGCCAGCAUCGAACUCGUGAGGGACGUGUCCCGACUACAAAAGAUGAUGGCGAAGGAGGGCGCCACCCUUCCCGAGGCAUAUGCAUACUUUGAAGAGACGGUGUAUCCUCAAAUCAAACAGGGGGGCGGAGUUUCACAGAUUGUCAAGAACCACAUAGGUACCGUUCUCCUCAACAGGUUGGCCUUCGAGAAGCCGCGGGACUUUGAUGCAAGCCGGCUACCCAGCGUCACUCGCAUCACCGAGAUCAUGGUCGAGCUGGAUGUUCUUAGGCCGUCCGCCUGGGCUACCCUCGUGAUCGCCCUGGUCCAGCACAUCUAUCGACAAAACACGGUUCCCGACAGCUAUAACUCGAUCAAAGAUUACGAGACCGCCAUGGCGCGGCGGGACGUCCUCGUGUAUGACCUGCUUGGCGCCUGGCGCGUGUUCUGCUCGCAAAGGCCUUCCUUGGAUGGUGGCUCCUCGCCGGCCCGCCCGCUCGCAAAGCCCCAGCAGCAACUCACGCUCCAAAAGGCCUUUGGGGCCAUGUUUCCCCAGUACUUGGUCCCGUCCCUGCUGAGACCGACCUUUGCUGCCUUUGCAACCUACAAGCUUCUAACGGACGCUUUCAGUCGCGCCCGCGCCACCAAGGGGGAGGCUGCGCCGUUUCUUCAGAUGAUGACGGGUUUGAUAUUUCAAACCCGGGCGCCCCGGCCCGCCGAUUUCAAUCCAAUAUUCGACACCUUCCCGGACCUUCCACGCUUCGUGUGGCCUAAGCGGCAGGACAAGGCCAGAGUCAAUACUUUUCUAGAACCGGUGGCUUCGUUUGGGGAAGGGCCUAGUCAUGUGAAAGCCAGUGUGCACCGUCAGCUGGGAGACGCCAUCAAGAGUAUGCAUCUCAGGAUGGUGGAGGAUGCCUGGCUGGAGUUCUGGGGUGAUGCGGCCACCCCCGAUGCCGCCCGCACAGCCGAACUCGUCGAAUGCCCGGAAAUGUUCGACUAUUUUAUCCUAGCCUACACCAUGAUGCGCCGGCCCCAACAUGCCGUCGCGGUGUGGAACAACAUGGAGCGUAUUGGCAUCAGACCCACUAUCAAAACCUGGACCUCGAUGCUCCAUGGCUGCGCCAAGGCCAACAACGCCCGCGGCAUCAAAACUAUUUGGGAAAAGCUGCUGGCCUCGGGUAUCCGGUUGGACGCUGCCAUAUGGACUGCGCGCAUCAACGGGCUUUUUGUUUGCGGCGAACCUGAUGCCGGCCUCCGCGCGCUUGACGAGAUGGCCAAGAUCUGGGCCGCCCGUUCCGACCGCCGCUUCGCCGCCGUGGCCGUCCAGCCCGGCGUCGAGGCCGUCAACGCCGCUCUCUCCGGACUCCUCCGCUUCAACAACCGUGAUAGUGACGCCACCCGCGUCCUCGCUUGGGCUUCCAAGCGGGGCAUCGAGCCCGACAUCUACACAUUCAACACCCUCCUCAGGCCGCUCGUCCGUCGUGGCGACCUGAACGGCAUCGAUGGGAUCUUCGCCACCAUGCGCAGCACCAACAUUCGCGCCGACGUCGCCACCUUCACCGUUCUCCUCGAGGGCACCCUCAACCAAAUCGGCGGCUUGCCCCCAGCGCAGCAAGUUUCCCUGGUCGAGCGCAUCCUCGCCGCCAUGAAGGCCGCGGGCGUCGAGAUCAACAUGCAGGUCUACGCCAAGUUCCUCCACCUGCUCCUCCGCGACGAUCGCGCGGAGGAGCCCGUCAAGGCAGUGCUCGCCCACAUCUGGGGCCGCGGCCUCGAGUUGACCUCGCACAUCUACACCAUGCUGGCUGACCAUUACUUCUCGCGCGACCCGCCCGACUCGGCCGCCGUCACCGCCCUGGUUGAAAACAGGCGCCUGCACGACAACAAGAGCAUCGACCGCGUAUUCUGGGAACGCCUCAUCACAGGCUACGGCCACGCCGGAGAUGUCCGCCGUGCUUUGGGAAUCUUUGACCGUGUCUUCGCCGGCGGCAGCGGCACCAUCACCUUUGGUACCCUCUACGACUUGCUACGGCCCUUAGUAGAGAUCGGCGACCGCGAGGCCGCCCUGCGGGUCGUGGAGGCCGGGCGCAAAAUCGGCAAAGCCGAUGAGGUGGGCGCCGGGCAGGGCGGCGGAGAGGGGACGAGGUACUGGAAACACCGGUUUUGGCACCUGGCGUAUAGGGAGGGCCUGAUGGGGGAGCAGUUGGCGGAGAGGUUUCGCGAGGGGAAUAUUUAAAGCGAAGGCGUGUACGUAUUUUAUCGAAGUGUGAUGUACGGGAUAUGAAUUGUGUAUGUAUGCAUGUACAGUACUAUAUUUCGCGACGCAUUUAUUCGACUCACAAUCAAUUGCGAACACAGCGGAACCACCGCGCCG